UUACAAUAAUAUCAUAGAAAGAAGAACAUCAUGGUCUGGAGACAGUUGGCGAUCACUUCGGUCGUGCUGGCCAGCGCCGCCGCGCAGACGGUCAACAUUGCCCUUCAGGCAAAUCCGGACGGUACGCUGGCUCUCGGAAGGACUUGCGAGCUGCAACGCCAAUGGCAGGAACACAUCGCUGACAGAACUAGGAACAGGCAAUAACAUCACAUCAUUCAUCUCCGUCCCUCUGGAUCGUUCAUAUUCCGACUCCACUGCCCUGAAGUCUGUCACCAGUCUCUCAAUCAUCAGUGCUGAGGGCGUGGACG